CCUUCUACGAGAGAGAGCGUUGGAAGGAUCUCCUGGGGUCUCUAUUCUGCGCGUCCAGGGUUUAUUCCCGGAUAAUCGGCAUCCGUACGUUUACCGUAGAACAGUUCCUGAAGAUGCAUGGAAACUACUCCUCAGCUACGACGGGGAACGCAACAGAAGAGACCGACGGCAUCAGCCUGGACGAUGAUGCCACCAUACCUACCUACGGUCUGGGGGGCUUCCGCAUCCUUAUAUCCACCGUCUACUCUUUGGUGUGUGCGGUGGGGCUACUGGGUAACUUUUUUGUAAUGUACCUCAUCAGGGCGAAGAAAGCCACUGGGCUGACCGCCAUUGACGUCUUUGUUUUCUGCUUGGCCUUGACCGACUUCCAGUUUGCUCUCACCCUGCCGUUUUGGGCUGCGGACGCAGUCAUGGACUUCAGCUGGCCCUUUGGGCAUCCCAUGUGCAAAAUUGUCCUCACCAUGACCGUCCUCAAUGUCUACAAUAACGUCUUUCUGUUGACUGCCAUGGCAAUGACCCGGUAUUGGGCUGUUGCUUCUGCGUUAAGCCUCCGAGGUCGCGUGUCCUCCACCUCCGCCAAGUGGAUCAGCUUGGCUCUGUGGUUUUUGGCUGUUAUCGUCACGAUCCCCACCAUCAUUUUCUCUGCUACAAGCAAAGUCUUGGGGGAAGAGCUUUGUCUCCUGAAGUUUCCCAGUAACAAGUGGUUGGCCACCUACCAUCUCCAGAGAGUGGUCAUCGCUUUUGUCAUACCGCUGGUGGUGAUAUCGUCGUCUUACAUCAUGCUCUUGAAUUUCCUACGGCAGCACAAAGUUAACGCCAACAACCAACACAGACAGAGCAAAAUCACGAGCUCCAUACAGUUGGUCAUCAUCGUCUUUUUCAUAUGCUGGUUCCCCAACCACGCAGCCAUCUUCUGGGGGAUUCUUCAGAAGUACGAGGUCAUUCAGUGGAGCGAAGCGUACUAUUAUUUCCACACGUUCGUCUUCCCCAUCACCCUGUGCUUCGCGCACAGUAAUAGCUGCCUGAACCCCGUCAUCUACUGCCUAAUGAGGAAGGAGUUCCGGAAAGCGUUGAAGGCUACGUUUUGGCAAAUAUCUGCCGUGGUCGCCUCCUUCUUGCCGUCCGGUCCCGGGAAGCAGGCGACUUCUGACCGAGAGACCGCGCUGCCGCUUUGCAGAGAGGCCAGCUUCCCGCAGAACUUCAGCAACGACUGCGCCGUUGGAUCCCUCACCACCAUAACCACCAUUCCAGAACUGGCCACCAAGGAGCAGCGGCCACGGGCUACCGAGCAGACGGGACAGGAAACCUGUAUAGAUUAACCCCCGUCGAGCGGAUACGGAACAGGCUGAGGCUAUAAGCUGCCGGUCAGACACGGAGUGUGGCCAGUGUUAUGGUUACGCGGAGUAUGUACAGAUGGUUGUUUUUGUGGAUGUCUGGUUCGGGGAGGAACGCUCGUGGCGUUCGGGAUCCAGGGCAUUAAUACGUAAAUACAUCAACACAGGACAUUUAUCUAAUGAUGCAGAACAGCUCCGCGCUCGCCCUCAACUGCGCUUUAUUGAGCGUCUCUUAAUGUCUAAUCGAGUGAGUGGCUUAGGUCAUUGCCAAGGCUCGUAUAUACAGUAUAUAUAUAAUAUAAUAUUCUGACGGCUUCUGCGUGGCGGCCCUCGGCUUAUCCACGUGUGAAUGGGCUUCUUAACGAACCGCCAUGUGAGAAGAUCAUCGAUUCUUAAUCUAGUGCAACCGAUUCAACCGAGUGGAAAUCAAUGCCGGCUGAAGGGACUGGGAUGGGUGGUUUCAGGGAUCGUUAGCCCGGGAAGGGUCACCGCGUCGCACAGUGUAACGUAUAGAGCCAGAUAGGUACGUGUACGUUAAAGGGCAACCUGCCUGCCGGCUACUGCAACUCCUAUGAUGCUUGGGCAGCCAGCACCGGCCUGGCCACCUGCGGUUGGCUGCAACUCCUUCAAUGCUUGGCGACUGCAGCUGGCCAGCAUUACAGCUAAAGAUGGCCGCCCGUGGUUGGCCAAGCAUUGUGGGAGUUAGACUUUACAGCAGCUGGGCAGCCAGACCUUGCUUGGCCAAGCAUUGUGGGAGUUAGACUCCCUAAUACCUAUAGCUCUAGACGACUUUAUCUAUAUCUGAAAACCUUAUCUGUUAAACACUUCUGGAUUCUAUUUUUGUAAUUAAAGGUGAAAAAUGUGUUUUCCGUUAAAACAAAGGUCAAAGUUCUUACUUUACGGUACGUUUUCAGCUUCCCAAAUAUUUACCCUCUUACUCUUAACAUUAAAUAAUGCCGCGGGCUAAACGGGGGAAAUGUGUGUGUAUAUGUAUGUAUGUAUGUACGCCGGGGGCAUUUGUCCGUGAAUUCGGUAUGUGUUGCCCUUCAACCCCUUUGUUUGAAUUCAUUUUAACAGGAAACCUGCAUUUUCUCGUGUUUUGGUGUAAUAAACGUUGUGUAAAUAACAUAA